AUGGCGUGGCACUCGGAUCCUUUCGUGCGGCCGUUGCUGGGGGCCCACAAAUCGGAACUCUUGGAGUUUUUGGUCCGGGGGGGGCAUGCCUGGAGAGAAGACGGGAGCAACCAGGUGGCUAAGUACGCCAGGAAUCGCGUGCGGCUCCAGUUGAUCCCUCUCCUGCGGGAGCUCGCCGGCGGGGCCAAGGCUCUCGACACCCGCGUCGAGGAGCUCUCCCGCCAGAGCCACUUCGCCAGGCAGAUGGUAGAGCGUGAGGCGCUGCACUGGGAGAGGGAGCACUUGUCAGGGUGCCGUUUCGACGACGAAGGGGGGGGUUGCAGUGAUGAGACUGACCAGGUCGGAGGGUCUGACCAAUCAGCAGGUGCCGGGGGAACGGUUGAUCGAUCCGAAGGGGUCGGGGACGUGGCGCCGUCGGGGAUAAGGCGAAAGGAGUUCCCGCUGCAGGCGUUCUUGAGGAAGGGGCCGGGAGGAGAGGGUAGUGAGCAAGGGUGGGCAGGGUCUGACUUGCCGGAGCUGGUCAGAGAGGAGCUGUUGCAUCGGUUCAUCGUUGCAAAUACCGGCAACUCGCCGUUGUCCUACGCAAACCUGCGGCUCCUGAUGCGGCAAGUGGACGGGGGCGAUAGGAAGUGGUCGAUUUCACUAGAGGGUGGCUACUACUUGCGUCGAGUAGGCGACUUGCUCCGCAUUGAGCAGAGCCCUGCGGACGGCGGAAUCAUAGUAUCGGGCCUCGAAGGUAGGGUAGUCUCGGAGCAAGGCAUAGUGCGACACUCCACGGAUGCAGCCACCACACCGUGGGAGAUGGUGGUCAGCCCUUGGGGGGAAGGAGGUAGCAUUGCGUUGGGCGGAGAGGGUGAUAGUGGCCAUGGGGAGGGAAGGGCGACAGAAGCGGGGAUGGUGCUCUUCAACGUGGCUGCGGGGGCGCGGCUGCACGUCAGGCGAAAAAAGGAUGGGGAUCGCUUUCAGCCAGCAUGGCGCGAUAGGCCCGCGAAGCUCAAGGAUUUCCUUCGCGGGCAAGGGGUGCCGUUACACCGCAGGGACGAAGUGGCCUUAAUCUGCGACCACCACGACUCGGUUAUCGCGGUGUACCCAUCCUACCCCGGGUUCGGGGUUUGCCAGGAUAGCACCGGGGAGGAACCGAUUCGCGUAAGGAUAGCGGGGACGCCCCUGUUUUGUCCCCGCCCGGAGGAUCGGGGAGGAGCACCCGCCUCAUGACAUGGCAUGGCGUCUUCAUUCGAUUGUUGACAUUUGUGGACAAACCAAGGGUCCGCGGGGACUAGCAAUCGGGACACGUAGCUCUGACUGGGGCAGAAAAGUAUACAAUGACCGACCAUGGAAAUACGAACGAAAGGAAUCGAGAAAUCGCGUUGCGGGCCUUUGCGACGUGCACGAUUCGUUUUCUGUUGU